AUGGCGCCACGAUCCCACAAUUCCAAUUCAGAAUCGGAGUCUCGCGGUAGAAGCAACAAUAAUACGGGUCAAAGCCACGGUGCUAGUACAAACAACGCCAGGGCCAGUGGGAAACAAAGAUUGACAGUUGCGCAACAACAGUACCUAAAGGAACUUCUACGAAGGCACAUUGACAAUAAUCAUCCCGACAACGAAGAACAAACACAUCCGGCGGACUUCGAAUCCUAUUCUGACGAGUUUCUGCGUAAGUACAAAGAUCAUUACAGUUUGAACGCAGAAGACAAUUUAUCGCUAUCUGGUUACCUGUUGGGCUCAGAAUUGGGUGGGAAAACUUACUCGAGUAGAAGGAACCAACAUGGCGUUCCAGGAGCAAGGAUUACCAAGAAGGAGCUCGCAAGUCAGGUGAAAAGACAUUUCACCUCGUCGAGCGUAAAAGAGACGGAGUGCAUACCGACGUUCAUCUACAAAGUGAAGAAUCGCAAGCGCAAGUUUAAAAUGGAAUUCCAGGAUCAGUGA